UCAAUAUUGAAAGGUCAAUUUACAAUUAUAAUCUAUACCUACCCUAGGUAUAGUUUUAUUAGUCUCGUUUCUAUCAAUUAUUUAUAAAUUAAGGCAUAAACCCUGCUUGAUCAAUUUAAAAUGUGCUUAAGCAGAUUAAUUUUUUUUAUUUCAUACGUUAAGUAAAGACUGUAUAUAAUUAUGAAUAAAUUAUUCAUUUGGUUUAUAUAAACCUAAAACAUGGGCAGAACUCAACGUAAUCGAAAACAUGAAAAAUUAUAUAAGUUUCAUACGUGUAAUAAUGAAAAUGAUUUGAUAUUAUUAAAUUCUUGGUUAAAGAAACAUGGAGUGCAAUACAGCAAGAAAUUAGUUUUGGCAGUUUUCAAAGAUACAGGACGGGGCCUGCUAACUAAAAAGAAAAUAACAGCCGGCGAGGAGCUGCUGAACUUACCACUUAAUUUAACUAUAAAUGUAACUACUUUAUUGAUGGAUGUAAUAUUUUGUAGCAUUUUUUUAGAUAAUAAGGUUAAUUGUCUAGAUAAAUAUAAGCUAAAGGUGUCAUUCCAGUCCCUGAUGGCUUUUUAUAUUAUGUACUUAAAAGCACAGGGCAGUAAAUCCAAAUGGUAUAUAUACUUAGAGAGUUUGCCAAAGAUGUAUACAGUUCCGUACUAUCUACCGAAUGAUAUGAAAAAUCAUAUUGAUGAAGAAAUUGUGUCUGUGAUUAUGAAACAAAGAAAUAUCAUUGAAAUGUCAUACAAUAUUUUUUAUGAUAUUUUACAGAAUAGUAGAAGUAGUAACAUUGAAGUACAAAAUUUGAGAUUGUAUAUAUCACUGUGUGAAUAUGAAUGGGCAUAUUUUACUAUUAACACUAGAUGUGUGUACAUGGACUUAACAAAAAUUAUAAAUUUAAGAAACGUGGAUAGUUCAUUAUUAUCUAUAAUUAAUGAUAACACUAAAAUAUCAUUGUGUCCAUACUUAGAUAUGAUAAACCACAGCCCCAGCGCCAGGAAUGAGACAAAGUUAGUGGUUGCUAAGGAAAUGGAAAAUAUAUCAAUAACAAAACUCAAUGAGAAUAUAUUUUCUGAUGUACAUUUUUCUAUUUACACAAAGAAUGAUUUUGAUCCGUAUACACAAGUUUUUAUAUGCUACGGAGACAGUCAUAACUUGAAAUUAAUAACCGAAUAUGGUUUCUACCUGCCAUACAACGAUAUUGAUUUUGUAUCUUUUACAUAUGAAAAUAUUGAUUCAUUUUUAAAGGAUUGCAAAGUAAGACUAUCCAAUGAACAGAUCACAUUUAUAAAUAACCAUGGUCUAAAUAAGGAAUUGUAUAUCGACAACCGAGGCCUAAGUUUCAAUUUCUAUGGUCUGUUGAUGGUUGUAAAGUAUUAUUAUGACAGAAAUAUAGAUAUAAGUAGAUUAAUAUACUCAGCUGCCAUAUGUUCCAAUGAUAGGGUAAUUAUUGAAUUUAUUUUGCCCUUGGUUCAAAACAGGCUUAAAGAUAUUAAAAAUGCAUUAAAUAGAUUAAGUAGUUUUAAGCAAAACAUUAUUUUACAGAAUUGUACAGAUCUAAUGAAGCAAUAUGUUGCAAUACUGGAGAAGUUUAUUAAAUGUUAGAUUUUUGUCAAA